AUGUCUGAGGAACGCCGCCCCCGAUCGCGCUUUGAUAGCGACGAUGCCGAGCGCCCUGUCCGCUCGCGCUUCGACUCAGAUCGUCGCUCCAGGUCGCCGUCGCGGAGGGAAUCCGAGUCGCAUCGCGCCCGUAGCCCUAUCGCCCGUGAAGGCACAGACAGCCCUGCAUCGUCCAACUUCAAGAACGAGGCGGCAGCAAAGGCAGCGGCGGCGGCUGCGAGGAUCAACGCGCAGAUUCAGGCGAAGAAGGGCAUCCAGCAUGUCGACGUGCCACCGAUUCGCUCUGCCGCUACUCCUCCAGUCGCCAAGUCGCCCGCCUCAAACUCCGCCGCGGCCAUAAACAACGAGACGUACCAGCAGGAUGGUGACUACAUCAAAGACAUUGAGAUCAAUGAUCUCCGUAAUCGCUACACACUGACUAAAGGAGCUACACAAAAGAGGAUCAAAGACGAGACUGGCGCCGAUGUCACUACUCGCGGAGAAUACUACCCUGACAAGAACAUGGCAACUGCUACUAACCCGCCGCUGUACCUCCGCAUCACUAGCACCUCCAAAGAAGGCCUGGACAAGGCUGUCGAGAUGAUCGAAGAGAUGAUGAAGGAGGACCUUCCUAACCUUGUAGACGAACGUCGUUUCCGCCGUAGAGAGCCGGAGAACUUCGAGCGCGACGAAUUUGGCAGACGCAAGUGGCCCGAAGAGAAGAUUUCCGUAGGUCUCGAGCCUAUCAGCGGCUUUAACUUGCGCGCACAGGUUGUCGGUCGCGGUGGCGACAACGUCAAGUUCAUUCAACAGGAGACAGGCUGCAAAGUCCAGAUCAAAGGUCGCGGUUCCGGCUUCAUGGAGCCAAACAGCGGACAAGAGAGCGACGAGCCCAUGUACCUCCACAUCGCGUUCGUAUACCCCGCCAUUCCUACCCUCCAAUUACUGACAGAUCGUAGUGGACCCCGUCCCGAAGGCGUAGCCCAAGCCAAGCAACUCUGCGACGAGCUCCUCGACAAGGUAAAGUCGGAUUACCACGCUUACAAGGAACGCCCUCCACCGAACCGUUACGGCGACCGAGAUGGCUAUGGCGGUGGACGACCGGGAUACGGCGAUCGUGGCGACCGUGGAGAUCGUGGUGACCGUGAUCGCAGCCAGAGCUACGGAUACGGUGGAGGAAACGGAGGAGGCAGCGGCUACGGUGGCUACGGCGCUCAGGGUCAGAACGGUUACGGCGGCCAGGACACAAUCAUGUCUCCUGCUGCUGCGACGCCGACUGCUGAUGCUAACAACCAAGCCUACGAUGCGAAUGCGGCACAAGCAUGGAUUGCCUACUACCAGCAGAACCCCGAGGCUGAUCCUUAUGCGGCCUACGGUGGGUAUGCAGCGUAUCUCGCACUCCAGCAACAGCAGUACGCGGCGUACUAUGCUCAGAACGGCUAUGGCCAGACGCAGUCACCUGCUCCCGGCGCUGGCGCGGCUGCACCACCACCGCCGCCGCCUUCAGAGCCAUCCGGCUACGCUGCUCCACCGCCGCCUCCACCAGCUGCAUCGCCUUCCAACUAUGGCGCCGUCCCUCCACCUCCCGGUUUGUAA